GAUGCAUGUGUUCGAAGAUUUUGAUAAAUUUGUCUCUUAAUUUUAAAGAAAAUCAUUUUUGGUUGGUCAAAGGAAUAAUGAAUCAUCUCGCAAGCAAGAUGUUAAAUCAGCACUCACGGGCGUUUGUCCAAGCAGUUUCAAUAAUUCGGGCACCUUUGUUUGUUCCGCAGACAGCAUUAGGCGUCUCACAAACAUACAGGCAGUACAGAUCCAUGCCCACCCAUGGAAUCGGCCGGUAUAAGUAUCUCCUGCCAAAGGAAACGCCGAAGAAGAAGAAGGUGAAGCAUCAGAUGAAGGAGAUUAAAGCAGCGACGGACACUGAGUAUGGGGUUCUGAACGUGCUGGUCUCAGGCUAUGACAUGACCCUGGUGGAGCACUACUCUCAGUACAUCCACAAUCUCUGUAAUCGCCUGGAUAUCAAAGUGGAGGAAUGUUAUGCUUUACCAACAAAAAGCACAGAGGUGAUGGUCAUGCAAGAGCAAGGAACCAAAAUGUACGUGGACGCAGUUCUCAGAACCCAUGAACGAGUGGUCCAGAUCAGCCAGCUGAAGGCAACACUGACGCCCAUUUUUAUGGAGGUCCUUCUGCAGAACCAGCCUGAGGGAGUCGAACUCUCCGUAAAGGAGCACACUGAAGCAGAUUACCAGGCCCGGUUUAAAGCCCGCCCAGAACUAGAAGGCCUGCUCGCUCAGAUGAGCUAAAGAGUCCCAGAACAGAAACAUGAAACAAUGUCUCUCUUACGUGUUCAACAUACAGACUGUACAUUAUUUUUGUAUGCAGUGCAGGUCAAUGCAUUUUCCAUGGACUGCGUCAAAAUUUCCUCUGACGAAAUGCAACGCAACCCGUCUCUCACACCACAAAGCUCUCUGACAGAAUCUUA